GCAGGCGCGUGAGGCACCGGCUGGUGAGCGGGUGGCUUGUCGGGUCCGCGUGCGGGCGGCAUGUCCGCCCUACGCUGCGGCCGCGGGGCCGCAGGGCUCGGAUGGGCCUUGUGGCCGGCGGGUCGCCCUGGCCUCUUGACCGAGGAAGGGGCCCUGGUUGGCAUUUGGGGCUGCAGAAGGAGCUCGUCUGCCAGACCUUGUGAACAAGACCGCCGGAGGGACUGGGGCCAUGCAGAGCUGCUGGAGGUGCUUGAGGCCAGAGUGCGGCAGUUGCAGGCUGACCAUGUGUCAGAGGUGACAGCAAAGCGGGUGGAUGUGGCUCGACUCCCAGGGGCUGGUGGCUCCCAGCCACCCAAGAAGGUUCAGGCAGGUGAUGAGGGCAUCACCCUGGAGCUCAGUGGCCGCUGGGCGCAGAAGUUGGACAAGGAGAAGAUUGAGAUGCAGGAGCGCAAGCAGCAGUUGGAGAUGAAGCUGCAGCAGCUGGAGAUGAAGCUGCAACAGCGGGCUGAGCGGCAGGCUCGCAAGCAGCAGCUGCGUGUGGAGCCCCAACUGCUGAAUGGGCAGCUGGCAGACCGCCUACAGCAUUGGGAGCACAGCACCCCCAGGAGUCCCUGGAAGGAGCAGCUGGCUCGUCUGCUGCAGGAGGCGCCUAGGAGGCUGAGCUGCAAGGAAGAGCAGGGCCCAUUGGACAGGGUUUCCAGGAUGCGGCGCGAGGGCCAGCAACAAAGGCUCCUGGCCUUCUUGGAGUGCUGCGUGCUCGUGGACCAGCUGCCCCUCGCCCACCAUGUGCUGGUCACGUGCCACAGCAGGUCCCGGAAGCGGCGGAUGCUCACCCUGUCCAUGUACAACACCAUCCUGCUUGGCUGGGCUCGCAAGGGCUCCUACAAAGAGCUGGUUUAUGUGUUCUUCAUGAUGAAAGAUGCCGGCCUCGCUCCAGACCUGCUGUCCUAUGCAGCCGCCCUGCAGUGCAUGGGGCGACUGAACCAGGAUGCCAGUACCAUCCAAAGGUGUCUGAAGCAGAUGGCCCAGGAUGGGCUGCAGGUGCAGGAGCUUUUCACAAGCUUGUCACUGUGCAGGGAGGACAAAGCCGCACUCCUGAGGGCUGUGCACAAGGCUGAGCCCACCUUCAGACCUCCACCGCCGUCCCCGCCCUCGCCCCAGGUGAACACCUCCCCACUGCUCAGGGAUGUCUAUGACAAGAACCACCCCGCAUCCUACCCAAGACAGCACCUGCCCCUGGAGACACUGAAGAACUUGUUCCAGCAGCAGCUCAGUGUGGAGAUGGCCACCACUGUCACCGUGGACUCUGUGGAGAAGGCCCCAUCACUGACCAGGGAGGUCGUGCGAGCGCGAAAGACACUGCAGGAACUACGUACCUCAUGGGAGACGGAGCUGUGCCUGGCGCUGCGACAGACCAAGGCCAGCGAGGCCCAUGCCGCUCGUGAAGGCCGCCCCUCCAUCUUCCCCUACCUGUGCCUGCUCAGCGAGGGGGAGUUAGCACAGAUGCUGCUGCAGACCUUGCAGGUGCUGCCUCUGCAGGGAGAGUCGCUGCUCUCCCUGGCGCAACAGCUGGGCCUGCGCAUCUUCAGCCGCCAUGUGGUGCAGAAGAAGCAGCUCAGUGAUGAGGUGCAGGCACUGCAGCAGCGCUAUUUCAAGUACCUUCGCCUACUGGCAUCCGACACACAGAUGGCGGUGUCCCACCUGCCACGGCAGUACUGGGAGGCACUGGGGGCACCUGAGGCCCCGCACGAGCAGCCCUGGCCCUUGGCUGUGGUGGUGCAGCUGGGCAAACAACUGGCUGAGGUGCUGGUGCAGACAGUGAAGAUGCCUGGCUACCUGGCCCAACGCCAGGGCACCCACAACCUCAUCCCUGUGCUCUACCAUGUGUACUCCUUCCGGAGCUUCCGCCAGAUUGGGAUCCUGAAGCCACACCCAGCCUUUAUACAGCUGCUGGAAACUGCAGCCGAGCGCACAAUGACCUUUGAGGCAUCCGAAGUACCCAUGCUGUGCCCGCCACUGCCCUGGACUUCACCACACUCAGGUGCCUUCCUACUGAGCCCCACCAAGCUGAUGCGCUCCAUGGAAGGCACCAUGCAGCACCAACGCCUGCUGGAGAGCUGCCCACCCACCAACCUGCAUGGUGCCCUAGAUGCCCUAACCCAGCUGGGCAAUUGCGCCUGGCGUGUAAAUGGGCGCGUGCUGGAUCUGGUGCUGACCCUGUUCAACAAGAAGGGCUGCCCCCGCCUGGGCGUGCCAGCCCCUGCCUCUGAGGCACCCCGCCCACCUGAGAACCGCCUGCCAACCAAAGCCUCACCAGAGCAGAAGGCUGAGCUGCGGCGGCAGCUGGCCCGUUGCCUGAAGGUUGCAAGGGAGAUGCACAGUCUGCGAACCGACGCACUCUACCGCCUCUCAUUGGCCCAGCACCUGCGGCACCGUGUCUUCUGGUUGCCUCACAACAUGGACUUCCGAGGACGCACCUACCCCUGCCCGCCCCACUUCAACCACUUGGGCAGUGACCUAGCACGAGCCCUGCUGGAGUUUGCCGAGGGUCGACCACUUGGCCCCCAUGGCCUCGACUGGCUCAAGAUCCACUUGGUCAACCUCACUGGGCUCAAAAAGCGCGAGUCGCUGCAGGCACGCCUGGCCUUUGCUGACGAGAUGAUGGAGAAGAUCCUGGACUCAGCUGACCAGCCCAUGAAGGGCCAGAAAUGGUGGAUGGAAGCAGAUGAGCCCUGGCAAGCCCUGGCCUGCUGCAUGGAGAUUGCUCAGGCUGUGCGUGCCCCUGACCCCACUGCCUACAUCUCCCAUUUCCCUGUUCACCAGGAUGGCUCCUGUAACGGCCUGCAACACUACGCUGCUCUGGGCCGGGACAGCGUGGGGGCUGCCUCUGUCAACUUGGUGCCCUCAGACCUGCCACAGGACGUGUACAGCAGCGUAGCCGCACAGGUGGAAGUGUUCCGUAGGCAGGACGCCGAGCAGGGUGUGCAGGUGGCCCAGGUGCUGGAGGGCUUCAUCAGUCGCAAGGUGGUCAAGCAGACUGUAAUGACCGUGGUGUAUGGGGUCACCCGCUAUGGGGGCCGCCUGCAGAUUGAGAAGCGCCUCCGGGAGAUCAGCAACUUCCCCCAGGAGUUUGUGUGGCAGGCCUCUCACUAUCUUGUACGCCAGGUGUUCAAUAGCCUUCAGGAGAUGUUCUCAGGCACCCGGGCCAUCCAGCACUGGCUGGCAGAGAGCGCCCGGCUCAUUGCUCACACUGGCUUGGCUGUGGAGUGGGUCACACCCCUGGGCAUCCCCAUCAUCCAGCCCUACCACCAGGACUCCAAGGUGUUGAUCAAUGGAGGGAUCCAGAGCCUCACCUUCAGCAGCACUGGAGACACCAGCCAGAAGCCAAACAUACUGAAGCAGAAGAAUGGCUUCCCGCCCAACUUCAUCCACUCCCUGGACUCCUCGCACAUGAUGCUUACAGCCCUGCACUGCUACAGGAAAGGCCUGACCUUUGUCUCUGUGCACGACUGCUUCUGGACCCAUGCAGCUGAUGUCACCAUCAUGAACCAGGUAUGCCGUGAGCAGUUCGUCUGCCUGCACAGCCAGCCCAUCCUGCAUGACCUGUCCAGGUUCCUGGUGGAACGGUUCUGCUCUGGCCCUAGGUCCUCGAAUAUCCGAGUUGCCAGGUUACUGGACAUGCUACUGUCAGUACCCAAGACAGGGACCUUCAACCUGGAGCAGGUGAAGGACUCAACAUAUUUCUUCAGCUGAUGCAGGCCUGCCGGGCUGGCCCAGCGACCCUCUGUACCAUAGUGUAAAUAAAGCUCUUUUCCCACCCAA